AUGGCGCUCCAAAGGACAGUGACAAGGAUUCCUAGUGGCGGACUGCGGAGUGUCUCCUCGUGCCUGCGUGCAUCAACUCCAAUCUGCUCAUACAAUGGAAGCUCCCGCAGUAUGGCGAGCGUAGUGCCACCUGUCACUCAGAAUGCAGCAGGGUCAAAGGGGCCUACUGCCAUGGUUUUUCUAAACAUGGGUGGGCCUUCCACCACGGAUGAGGUCGGCGAUUUCUUGAGCAGACUAUUUGCGGAUGGUGAUUUGAUACCCCUCGGACGACUGCAGUCUUACCUUGGGCCCCUCAUAUCUCGACGCCGGACUCCAAAAAUUCAGAAACAGUACGCCGACAUUGGGGGUGGCUCUCCGAUUCGAAAGUGGUCGGAGUACCAGUGCUCCGAAAUGUGCAAAAUAUUAGAUAAGAUAUCGCCAGAAACCGCGCCACAUAAACCGUAUGUGGCAUUCAGAUAUGCUGCUCCAUUGACGGAGGAGAUGUAUUCACAGCUCCUGAAAGAUGGGUUCGGAGGAGGUAAAGGCGGGCGAGCUGUUGCCUUUACGCAGUAUCCCCAGUACUCUUGUUCGACUACAGGAAGCUCACUCAACGACUUAUGGAGAUGGAAAAAUAAACUAGAGGGAAGGAGUGGUGCCGAACAAGCAGAAGAUGCUAGUGGAAACAUCCAAUGGAGCGUUAUCGACAGGUGGCCGACACACCCAGGGUUGAUCGAGGCGUUUGCCCAAAAUAUUGAAGCUCAACUUGCAACAUACCCCGAGGAUAGGCGUGACAACGUUGUUCUUCUCUUCUCAGCCCAUAGUCUACCAAUGAGUGUGGUUAAUCGAGGUGACCCGUACCCUGCUGAAGUGGCCGCUACAGUAAAUGCGAUUAUGCAAAGAUUAAAAUUCUCUAACCCUUACCGCCUCUGCUGGCAAUCUCAAGUCGGCCCCCAUGCCUGGCUGGGGGCCCAAACCAGCGAUACAGUUCAAAACUAUGUUAGUCGCGGACAGACUGAUCUUCUCCUUAUCCCUGUCGCAUUUACGAGUGACCAUAUAGAAACCCUCUAUGAGCUAGACAAAGAGGUUAUUCAUGAGGCAAACAACCCCGGCGUCAAACGAGUUGAAAGUCUUAACGGAAACCCCAUCUUCAUUCAAGGUUUAGCCGACCUCGCGGCUGAUCACCUGCGAAGUGGCGCGAAGUGCUCACACCAGAUGACACUUCGAUGUCAAAACUGUACGAGCGAGAGGUGCUUGGAGCAGAAGAAGUUCUUUGCCGGCCCAGAGGGUCGCGAUCUCGUUCGAUGA